AUUUAACAUAUAAACUGGCUGCCCUAUUAUACUACAGUUGGGUUGUUGGGUAAUGAAAUUAGGGUGCUGAAUAACUUCUCCCUAAAUAAAAAGGAUGUCAGGAAGAAAAAAAACAAAAACAUACAACAGCCGGUGUUCGCUGAUGGUCACCCACUCAACUACUAAUCUGCCGGUUAGUGGCUUAUCUAUGGGGGAGCAGACGGGACCCCGAGUUUUCCACUACCUAUGGUCGUAUGUACAUUGUUUCUAUCUACUCUAUAUUAUAUGUGAAUGAGUAUAAGAUUGAGUACCCCCUGAGAAUGGUCGAGGAAGAUUGCAUGUCUCCCACCUAGGGCAUCCUGAACCCCGUAAUAAGUCAAGUUCAUAGUUCGAACAUGACUCAAUAGCUCAACGCUCAAGCCUUCUACCAGUGAGGAGCUUUGAUAUGCUUUGUGACAAAAUACGGUUGGCUACCACAAGAGACAAGGCUGCAAAAUUUAUAUCAGCAAGGGAUUUGAAUGUGUAGGCUCGUCUCACGCCGAUUCUUUUGGAGCGGCGGAGACGCAAUGCAGGCAUUGUGGCACGGCUUUCUUACAAUGCCAACUCCAAUGGCACGAGAGUCGUUGCAAAGGCAAGUGUGGUCGUUGCCAGGAUCGACACGCCUUACAAACGACAAGGAGGAGAGCUGGGAACCCAUGCCAGAUCAUGUCAAGACCAUCUCCGACAGCAUACAGAUCGCAAACGGUAUCCUCUCGACCGGAGCGGAUGCCAGCUGCACUAGACCCAACCCUUCUCGCCACAGACCUUGCCGACUUCCUCGUCAGAAAGGUGUGCCUUUCCGCGAGACACAUCAUAUUUCAGGACAAGUCGCGAAGAGCGAGGAGCUGGGCAUUCCCAUGGACAAACUCUCACUUGAACAACUAAAGGCUAUUGAUGGUCGAUUUACAGAUGAAGUCAUGCAUACGUUUAACUAUUAG